AUGUUUUGUUCAUUCCACCAGUCGGUGACGCACAAUACGUGGGGCUGCCAAGGACUGACACCGAUCAUCAGCCAACCGACCCCCAAAGGAUAUCGCCGUCGUUCCCCGUCCCCUGAUAGACGAGAUCGGCACCGAUCGACUGGCCGGCAAGAGGAAGAAAGAAAGGAGCCCGAGUGCCAUCACCAUCAGCGGAGGGAGGAAACUAAUCGCUCCAGGAUCCCGGCCAAGCGAAAUAGGUCAUCUGCCCAGGAAGAGGAAAACAGAAACAACCCUUUCCGGGGAAAGAUAGGCAUGAUUGCCAGAGGGUCGAUCGAUGGCGACUUCAACCGGGCCAGGAAAUCAUACGCUCGACGCCUGGAGAUCCAUGUCAUAGGGUGCAACAAAGAGAAGACCGAAGGGCCUCAAAUCAGCUUCGGCCCCAGCGAUCUGGAGGGGGUCGAGAUCCCUCAUGAUGAUGCGCUGAUCAUCCGAGCAGUGAUCGCCAACAACACCAUUCACCGGACCUUCGUCGACACGGGGAGUUCGCGAGUUUGCAUCGACUUCUACGAUCUCAACAAGGCCUUCCCAAAAGACUUCUAUCCACUGCCUAGGAUAGAUCAACUGGUGGACUUGACGGCGGGCUGCAAGCUGAUCUGCAUGCUCGACGUGUAUCAAAGAUACCAUCAAGUGUCGCUCGCCCGCGAGAAUCAAGAGAAGAUCAACUUCAUUACGGCCGACGGAAUAUACUGCUACAACGCCAUGUCGUUCGGAUUGAAGAACGCCGAAGCUACCUACCAGAGGCUAAUGAAUAAAGUGUUCCUACGGAAGAUCAACCAUAAUAUGGAGGUAUACGUCGAUGGCAUACUUAUCAAAUCCCUCUGA